CCUGACCACCACCUCCACCGCUGCCACCAACCCCACUCUGACUGCAUCUACAGCUCAAUUUUCACACAAUUAACGGAAGCGUAGAAUAUUCUCAAAACAGAUGUGUUCAGGCAAACAUCUCACAGACUACUCCAGAGGCGCCAUAAAGAAGAAGAAAAAGCUGCAAUCCUCACAAUUUCCCACACAAACCGCCCUCCUCCCUCAAGCUCCUCGGCCGCGGCCAUGCACUCCAUCACCCCUGCAUUCUGGGUGGGUCUCCUGCUGUCCCUUUCCACUCCGACCAGCCAAUCCUGCAGCACCGGCUCAGCCAGCGAGUGCAAAGAGGCGGAGCUAGCCCCCGGAACCAAUCUGGCCGGGGAAGGGUUCGACAUCACCAAAAUGAAGCGUAAAGGUGCAUAUGUCAUCGACCUGAGCGUCUGGAAACGCAAAGACAAAACGUGCACGAUCUGCAGGAACCCGUACCUCGAGGGGAAAUUGCAGAAGCUGCCGCUGUCUGUGGUGGACUGGAGGCCGAACCACCACUGCAGUGUGAAAGUGGCCAGCUCGCUGUACCAGUCCAGCGAGGCCCUGGUCAGCGCCAGCUCAAACAGCGUGGAGAACAACUGGAAGUCCAAUUUAGACAUCUCAGUCGGUAAAGCUCAAGGAUCAUUAAUGAUGGCAGGAACCCAUUCCAAAUUGGCCGAGUUCUCCAUGGAGAAAACUAAGAAGGACAAGUUCAGUUUUACCAGCCACCAAGUGUCCUGCCUCUAUUACAGCUAUAGGGUGUCCAGCAAUCCCCGACUACACCCUGAAUUUCGGCGAGCUGUGAAACUCCUCCCGAAGGCAUACACCCAGGAAAACAAACAGCGCUACUACAAAUUAAUCGACAACUUUGGCACUCACUAUAUCACCAAGGUGGAGCUGGGAGGCAGCGUUCACUCGGUCACCAGCAUCAGGCAGUGCCAGGCCGCACUGCAGGGCCUGAGCUCGGAGGAGGUGAAGACCUGCCUGGACGUGGAGGCCGCAGCCAGCGUGGGGGACAACAAACUGAGCACGGAGGUCAAGCACUGCAAAAGUGCCGCGGACAAGCUGGAGAACAAGGCCGGCUUCUCCAGCAACUUCAACGACAGGUUGACUGAGAUUCGAGGGGGCCACACCACAGAGCCCGAGCUACUGUUUUCGGCCAAUAAAGAUCCAGGGGCCUACAAGGAGUGGUUGUCCUCCCUGACGCUGAGCCCAGACCUGGUGUCCUACUCCCUGGAUGCUCUCCACGAACUGCUCCCCACCUCCAACCCUGCCAGGCAGCACCUGCGUAAAGCCAUCAGCCACUACAUCCUGGAGAAUUCCCUCUGGAAGAACUGCUCCGCCCCCUGCCAGGCCGGCAUUAAGACACACCCCCAGGACUCGUGUAUCUGCAGUUGCCAUAACAACCCCGGAGUGACCCCGGACUGCUGUCCCUCUCAGAAAGGGCUGGCCCGGGUGAAGGUCACCGUGCAGAAGGGCACGGGCCUGUGGGGGGACUACAACACGGGCACGGACGGGUACGUGAAGCUGUUUCACUUCAAAACGCAGGCCGGCCGCACCAGAGUGAUCUACAACAACAACAACCCUGACUGGAACGAGCUCUUCGACCUGGGGUCAGUGGUUCUGUCGAUAGACGACCAGGUCAAAUUCGAGGUGUGGGACGAGGACAAUAAGUGGGACGACGACCACCUGGGUGAAUGCUCAGUUAAGCUGAAAGCAGGGGUCUAUGCGGACCUCUGCAAUCUGAACCACGGGCAGCUGUAUUAUAAGAUCGAGGUGACAUGCGCUCCGAGUUUGGGGGGUCCCGCUUGCCAGGACUACGUAGGGUCGCCGAUGAACUUCCACCUGGAGAAGGCGUACGUGUCCCGCAACGCGAGGACGGUCCCCAGGGAGAUGCUGGCGAAAAUGGGCGUGUUUGUGGACAAAGAUCCUCUUUCAGCCAAUCACAGCAUCUCCAGUGUGACUGAAAAUUAAGAAGUGUCUCAGGCAAAACUAUACAAAUAACAAUAGACAAGCUUAAAAAGAGUUACUUUCUGGAUACUUUCAGGAUACCGAUUAAAUGAGUACUCAUAUGCUACUUAUUUUCUUCUGCUGUAUGAUAACCAUAGAAAUUGUAAAGGAUGUUCCUUAUUCCUAUUUCUUUAUAGGAUUUUAUUUUCAAUUCUUGUUAUAUCUUGUAUUUAUUACCUAUUUUUUCAUUGCAAGCAUUCCUGUUCUACAACAAUUAUGUUACUUUUUUAUUAUAAUAAAAUCUGCAACAAAACAAA